GAGAUACGCCAUUGAAAUUUAGACCCUGAUUAUCUCCUCAAGAGAGAUUCCGCAGAAGAACUUCGGUUUUUGUUUCUUCAUUUUUUCAGAAGAACCCAAACGAAGAUUUUCCCUUCCAGGCUGUGACAAAUCAGAGCACACAUCAACCUCGUGAUGGGUAGGGAUGCUGGCGAGGACGAUGAAGGACAGGCCAGAGCUCGAGCAAUGGGAUUAACAGUUGGAACAGCUCCCUCAUUUAGAAGCGCUGAACGUGCUGCCAAACGUAGGGAGUACUACAUGAAAUUGGAGCAAAAGCAGCAAGCUUUGGAGGCAGAAAAGAUAGAAUCUGAAAUGAGAGCCAAGGAGGAAGAAGAAGCUGCUCUAAAGGAAUUCCGAAGGAGCUUAUUUGUUAAAGCACAUCCUGUUCCAAGUUUUUAUCGUGAAGGACCUCCACCUAAGGUCGAACCUAAAAAGAUGCCUGUGACACGUGCCAAAUCACCAAAGUUAACACGUGGAAGGAGUUGCAAUUAUGAGUCAACCCAUUCGUCCAUAGAAGAGAAAGGCUCGUGUUCACGGACAGCAUCUCUUAGGGGGCGUAGUGUUACACCGAGCUCUGGUAGGAACAAGUGAUGGCAUGUGAAACUACAUGUCUACAUCCUGUAAGUUGACAAUGGAGAGCAAAAAAAAAAAGUUCUGAAUUUUGUAAAGUUUAUAAGGUAUGUAUUAGGGUGUAUUAUUUGUAUAAAGUUAUUGUUUUGAUAUUUAUGACAAAAUCUGAUAAAAUUAGGAUUGACAUGGUCGUGG